AUGAAGUUAUAUGUGAUUUUUAUAAUUAUUUGGGCUUUCCUAGGAACAUCUGAGAGCUCUGACUAUAGAGUCUGUGGAGACAGACCCCUAGCGGAGGAUUUCCGUGGCUCCCGCGUGGUGGGAGGAAAGGAUGCGGAGCCUGGUAACUGGCCCUGGAUUGUCAGCAUCCAGGAGUACAGGGACGAUGAGUAUUCCCACGUAUGCGGAGGUUUCGUCCUUAGUAAUUUAUGGGUUCUCACAGCUGCCCAUUGUUUCCGGGAUGUUGGCGAUGAAUAUUAUGGCUGGAGACUCGUGUUUGGGGCAAACCAACUCUCAGACAUGGGGGCACAUGCUCAGAUCAGAAUGAUAAAAGAGAAGAUCGAACAUGAGACGUACGACCCUGAUACUAAGCGUGAUGACAUCGCCUUGCUCCGGCUCAAUCAAGCCAUCAAAUUUGAUGACUACACUCAGCCUGCCUGCCUUCCUGCCAAACACGCCAUUGUGGACAAACUGGAUGACUGCUACGUCGCUGGCUGGGGUGUCCUCAAAGAAGGAUCCUCAGAAACAUCAGAUGUCCUUCAAGAAGCCCCAGUGAAUUUAAUUCCAGUUGACCGUUGCAACCGCCCAACCUGGUACAACGGAGCAGUGGGUGACUACAACCUGUGCGCUGGAUAUGAGCAGGGAGGCAUCGAUAGUUGCCAGGGUGACAGUGGAGGACCUUUAAUGUGCAAAAAGAGCAAAGCUAAGUUCUAUACUGUGGUCGGCAUAACCAGCUGGGGCUCCGGCUGUGCCCAGGAGAAAAGCCCUGGAGUUUACUCCGCCACCCAGUAUUAUCUCGAGUGGAUUUCUAAACAUCUUUCUAAGAACAAGAACCCUGAAUCCGAGACCAUGAAAAAGAGGGCCGAGAAACAAAUCGCUCCAACUGUAGCUGAAAAAAUCAGCAGAGUCUGUGGCGACAGACCCCUAGUGGAGGAUUUCCGUGGCUCCCGCGUGGUGGGAGGAAAGGAUGCAGAGCCUGGUAACUGGCCCUGGAUUGUCAGCAUCCAGGAGUACAGGGACGAUGAGUAUUCCCACGUAUGCGGAGGUUUCGUCCUUAGUAAUUUAUGGGUUCUGACAGCUGCCCAUUGUUUCCGGGAUGUUGGCGAGUAA